CUUGUCAUUUUUCUUCAAGCAACUUGAUGAUUUGAAGAUUCGCAGUUCGCACUUUAAUAAUUAAUCGUAAAUCAUUUUUUCGUCUUCUUUUGGCCAUAACUAAAUCAAAAUGUCGACAGAAAAUUCGCCGGUGAAGCCUUCUCAAUCGCCUAGCGCUGUGGAAACUCUGGACGACUUCGAGAAUCAAGAUACAUUAUUGAAACACGUCGACAUAUCGAUCGUGGAGUCGGAGAAGCGCGCUAACGGCACACUACACGUGCGUGACCAUUAUACAGUCUACCUGAUCGAUCUCAAGGUCACCAACCCAGAGUACAAGCUGGUGCAGUCGAAAAUCAGCACAAUUUGGAGACGCUACACCGAGUUCGAGCAGAUUCACGACUACCUCCAAGUCACCUAUCCGCAUGUUGUCAUUCCACCGUUACCAGAAAAACGGGUGCUAUACGCGUGGCGUAAAUCCGACACAACCGACCCAGAGUUUGUGGAGCGCCGCCGUGCGGGACUCGAGAACUUUCUGCUGCGGGUCGCGUCACACCCGAGGCUUUGCUUCGACGAUCAGUUCAUCAACUUCUUGCAGCAAGAGCAUGGCUGGCGGGAGACCAUCACGGAGAGCGGUUACAGAUUACAGGCAGAAAAUAAGCUGAAAUCGUUGUCAGUGUCAAUCAGACUGAAAAAACCAGACCCAGAGAUUGACAGCGUCAAGAACUACGGCCGGCAACUCGAAACAAAUCUAGGCAACUUUCUGUAUACUAGCGGUCUGAAUUUCAGGUCAAAAAUUAUGGAAAAGAACUAUGCGCUGUGUAAACUUCAUGCGAACUAUGGGAAAUUAUUCAGUGAAUGGAGUGUGAUAGAGAAAGAAAUGGGAGAUGGCUUGCAGAAGGCUGGACAUUAUUUUGAUUCAAUAGCAGACAGCAUAGACUCAGUAGCGGAAGACGAGGAGCAACUAGCCGACCAGUUAAAGGAGUAUUUAUUCUACGCAGGCGCAUUGCAGCAGCUGUGCGCUAACCACGAGGCGCUGCAACGCGCGUUAGAGUUGGCGCACGACACACUCAAUAACAGAAUAGCGGAACGCAACCGCGCCGCAGCCGGCAAGUCGGGCCUACUGUCGCGUCUGUUCGGCACCACCGAUCCUGACAUCGUGCGCGACCAGGCCACGCGCGCGCUCGACGCCAAGAUACACGACGACCGCGCCGCGAUACAGGCUGCGCAGAGAGACCUCGAGUGAGUACACAACCGCGCGACAACU